UGUUCGAGUGAAAAAAUAUAAUUGCCUUUUUUAUAAUAAAAAUACAAUCGUCGCUCGCUGUUGUGUCGUUACGUAUUUGCAUAAGUGACACUGUACUUAUAUCACAAUUUGUUUUUAUAUUAAAUAUAUUUCUCACAAGUCAACGUGACACUGCCAGUGCGUAUAUGAAUAGAAGACAAAUCAUCGAUGGAUAUCGUCGAAUGAAAUAAAUAAUUAUUUCCCCAAUCGCAACUCUGCCCGUCUUUUUUUUUUUGUUUUGCCUCGACAGUGAAUCAAGUGAGUAACCCUCAAUUGUGCGUUGACAAGUGUAGGUCACCACGUAUUGAAGUGGAAAGUUGCGUGAAUUAAAUUUAUAUCACUAUACUUGCAGGUUGAUGAAUUAAAAAGAUAAUUCAAAGUAUUGGUGUUCGUCGAAAAUUAAAGUGCGCGAGUGCAAAUACCUCGAUAAUUCGCUAAACGCAGAGAAGAAAGUAAAGGGCGCGAAUUUCGAAUUCGGAGAAGAGCAGGCGAGCGAGAGAGAGAAAAAAUGGAGCUGCACGCCAAAGCAUUUCAAGCAAGAGGGGGAAACGCAGCGUGGUCAGGAUACUAGUGCGCUUGCCACUUUUUUAAGGAGAACCGAUAUUGAUAAAAAGAAAGAAAAGAGUUGCGUCGUUUUAUCGUUCAAACUACUUAAUAGAGUUUUUAGAAUAAAGGAUCGAAAGUGCCAAUAAGUAGCGCGUGUUCUUUGUAUGGUGAUUGUUUGUAAGUGCCGUUUUUUCGUUGAAUGGAAAGAUCGUCGUCGCAAAAGUGCUACAGUUGGCCGCUCGAAAAUAAUGACGGAUAAGAUCGAGGUGAGCUGACGUUCGAACGAUCGGAGCGGGCCCCUCGGGUAUAUUGGAGAAAAAGCACCUGCCGAGAGGAGUCCAUGAGAGGGCAUCCGGAAUAACGUCGCUUCAGGCCAACACAAAGUUCAGUUACAUGGCUCAAAAAGAUGAGAUCAAAUUACUGGGCGGUGCCUGCUUCAGCCAUGGGCCCUACACGUUCUAUAAGGCGGUGCGGAUAGGCGCCAACCGUGUGCUGCGACUGGGAAAUUUUUUCCUGACAAAGCUCUGGAGCGACGCUGAUCUCGUGAGCAUCGGUGAGCUUCAGCUGCUGUGGAUCGACAACCGCGGCCCCAACACUCCCUUGGCCUCGCUGAGGCUGUACUUUUUGCCGGAAAACACACCUGAUGGACGCAGGGACUCACACGGAGAGGUAAGUUUCUCAACAACACACGCCAUCAGUUUAUUCCUGUCAAGUAAAUAGGUAUGCCAUUCACAAUAUGAUAAACAUCGAUUUGAUGA